GCUCAAAGAUGGGAAACUCCACCUGUUCACGGUGUGCAAAGCCGAACAACGAGCCCAGUUUCUGCGAAGAGGUGGAUGGCAGCGGCUAUGGUGGGUGGCUCUUCCCGAUGUAUUUGGUGAAGAUCCGCGACUUCCUUGAAAUGGAGGGAGUCCCAGAGCCCCAUCACGUGCUGAAGCAAAAGGGUUUGCUUCAUCCUUGGCAGCCUGGGAUGUUCAGCAUCUUCAUUUCGCACCAAUGGCUGGGAAAAGGACAUCCUGAUCCCAAAGGUGAACACACUACCCUUCUUCGGGAAGUUCUUCGGAAGGUGCUGGACGGUUCUCUCCAAAUCCAAGAAGAUGUGGUCUCAAAUUCCUACGAUCGUCGUGUCUCACUGGCCCAACGGGUGAAAGAACAGCUCCCGAAGGGAUACCUGUUCUAUGAUUGGUUUGCAAUUCCUCAAGUGACAGCCCGAUUGCCGGGUGUGCAUGAAGAUGUGACGAAGUCGGAGAUCGCACGGGCAGUCAACAGCAUCCCUGCAUAUGUCGAAUUUGCGAAUUUGUUCAUUGCUCUUGUGAGUUUUACCCAGCAUCAGGACACCAAGGAAUGGUGUGGAUAUUCCAGUUUUUUUGCAAGAGGAUGGUGCAGGGGUGAAUUAUGGCUCCACAUGUUGUCCAGCGAUACUGAGGAGGAUUCGGUUGUCAUGAUCAAUUCCACUGAGGAAGUGAAAUUUAUGUUUCCAUACGACUGGUUGCAAAACCCAGUCUCCGGUGGAAAGUUUACAGUGGAAGCAGACCGGGAUGUGGUGGUUUCACUCUGCAUGCAAGCGUUGGAGAAGAGAAUACGUGAACUGGAAUUUUCUGGCCCGCUCAGGACAUAUCGUUUUUAUCGUUCUCAUCAGCCAUCCAUGCUGGGGCAGAACUAUUCUCACUCAGGAGUGCCGGAUUUUCUUGAUACGUUUCGAUUUAGUAGUCUCCGCGAAGCUGCCCUUUGCCAAAGUAGCAUGAAUGGUUUGAUGUGCGCGGUGUUUUGCGGCGACACAACUAUGCUCCGUUUGCUGGCGAGCAGCACAGGAGAUUUAAACCUACGCUUGCACGGUCUAGGACAGCUGGGCUACUUUGACGGACAAACCUUGGUGAUGGCGGCUGUGAAAUCUUCAAGAGACCCCAACGUGUUGGCCACCCUCCUUGAGCUUCGAGCAGAAGUGAAUGACCGUAGCCGUACUGGACUGACAGUGGCAAUGAUGGUGAAAUCUCCGGAGCAGCUUCGAGUUCUUCAGGACGCGAUGGCUGAUCUGCAUUCCAGUUACGAACCCUUUGGUUUCACCCCACUGACAAGUGCAUGUGGCGUGCCAGGUUGCACCACUGAAACUAUUAAGGCCUUGCUGGAAGCCCGGUGUGAUCCCAACCCUCCACUGCUGGGUGCAGGUACAGCUCCACUGCAUCAAAGCAUCCUCUUCUCUCGGGGCCAGAUUUCACACGUGGAGACCGUCCGGCUGCUGCUAGAAUGGCGCGCUGAUCCCAACACCCCGGCCACACCCAGUGGAGCGUUUGCAGCAGAAGCUGAAGCGGCCUUGAAAGAAGAAAGUUUGAAUGGAAAGCAGAGCAGCUACUUGAAGCGAACCUACGCUAUUCUGCCCGGCCUUACACCGCUUCAUGCCGCAGCGUGGAUUGGCGAUCCUGAAAUCACCCAGCUUUUGCUGCACUUCAGGGCUGAUAUGCGAGCAUCGAACAGACGCGGUGAUUUACCCGAUGAUUUGGCGAAGGAGAGUGGGUCAUCUCACCUAUUGCCGCUACUCACAAUAUCUUUGUAG